AUGCCACCAAAGCUGCCUUCUACCGUAGUCGGCGCCAACUUCAGCAACGUCUGCGCGAGAUGCAGGACGCCUGGACUGCUCUCAUCAUCAUCAUCCUCCUCCUCUUCCUCGCCCACUGCACCAGCGGCGGCCGCUCAGGCGGCCGUCUCGCACAUCAACCCCGACACAACAACCGACACCACCCCCACCUCUCCCGAUUCCAGUGAUGAGGAUCAGGACUACACCUGCCCUCACUGCGGUCGCACCUUCACCUCACGCAUCGGCCUGGUCGGUCACUUGCGAAUCCAUCGCACAGAGACUGGCGAGCCAGUGCCUGGAGCACCAACCUACACCCACCGCACUCGCCUCCACUGCCCACACUGUCCUCGCACCUUCACUCACCGCAUGGGUCUAUUCGGCCACAUGCGCAUCCACGAGAGCGGAAUUGACCGCAACCUCGACACACCCACCCCUCCGAGCCCCACUCCUAAUUCAUCACCUUGCGCACCCACCAACCACUCCUCAACCGACAUCGACGCCACCGACUCUACCACCCCUCACUCCUCCUUCACUGCCACAACGACGGCCACUCCGGCGUCUGUAGCGCACGACUUCACCACAGCCGCACCUGACACAACAACAGGCACAACCCCUGCAACCUUCAUCAUCAGAGGUGAGGGCCAGGACAACAUCUGCCCUCACUGUGGUCGCACCUUCACUUCCCGCAUCGGCCUGGUCGGUCACUUGCGAAUCCAUCGCACAGAGACUGGCGAACCAGUGCCUGGAGCACCAACCUACACCCACCGCACUCGCCUCCACUGCCCUCGCACCUUCAUGCAUCGAAUGGGUAUAUUCGGUCACAUACGUAUCCAUGAGAGCGGAAUUGACCACAAUUCCGAUACACCAACCACGCCCAUCAUGCUCAGCACCACCCUCCCACCAUCCGUCUGCACCACCACCAACGCCUCCUCUGUGGCUGACACUGACACCGCCGAAUUCACAUGCCCACACUGUCCACGCACAUUCACCUCACACAUCGGCCUGGUCGGUCACUUGCGAAUACAUCGCACAGAGAAUGGAGAACCAGUGCCUGGAGCACCAACCUACACCCACCAAGCUCGACUCAACUGCCCACACUGUCUUCGAACCUUCAGGCACCGCAUGGGUCUAUUCGGUCACAUGCGCAUCCACGACGACCUGCGGUAG